GUAUUGUGGGGGCUGGUUUGUACAAUCUAAAAGUUUGGGCUGAAAUUGAGGAGAAAUCUACACAUUUAAAGAUUUUGUGCCAAAUUAAGAAGAAUACAAAAGUACAAGGAUCUAAGUUGCAAAAACGAAAUUUGGACAGAACUCCUCGGCUUCAGAGAUGUGGAUGAGACGGAACGACGGCAGAAGCAAAAAUGAAACGGAGGACGACGCCGAGUAGAGCUUUGAGACGAGGCUUGGCUGCAGAGAUGUGCUGGUCUGUCGAAGUUCUCGUCGGGCUUCAGAGAUGUGCGGUUCCGUUGGAGAUCUCGUCGGACUUGUUCUGGGCGUCAAGCUAUUGUCGGAGUACAACGGAGAUGAAUUGCAGAGAACGACGUCGAGGAGGAAGAUGUUCUGAUGAUUUCGCGGCGACGAAGGAAAAGACAAACCGCUACGGCUUCUGCUCGAGCUUGGCUGAAGUUCAUCGAUGGUGACGGAGGAGGGCCAAAAAGUACGGCGAAGAAGAACUGCAGCAUAGAUGAUAUGAUGCAUCCACCAUGGAUUGAGAUACCGAAAAAAUGAAAUGUGAAGAAGAAGUUUUUAAUUUUAAUUUUUUGUUUGUUCGUUUCAAAUAAAAAUAAUAAUCAACUUAAUAAGAUGGUAGGACCAUUUUAGUUAGAUGAAUGACUUUAAUUGUAAUGGUUUGGUUUUUAGUUACAAAAAACUACCCCACUAGCAGAAACUGUCUUAGAAUGUAAAUAAAACUUGAAAACUGACCUGCAGUGUAAAAAACUCAAAAAAAAAUAUCUCUGCUUCUCUUCUGACACUCCCUCGCUACUCUCUGUCUCCAUUUUUUUUCAAAUUCUUUGUUUUUUCUGAUCUCUCUCUUGUCUUUGAGAAUUCAUCGCGAUCUUCUCCAGCUCCUUCAGACAACUUCACCUGUCUGAUUUUUUUGAAAAUCCUCCCCGAUCUGCUGUUCGAUUCAGACAUUUUAACCGAAGUUGGGAGAAUGCUAGAUCACACCGAGAAAAUCUUCGAUUCAGAAGCCAUGACAACCAAGUUCACAUCCGUAGAUGCAACUGAAGAAAUCAGCAGCAGCAGUGAUGGAGGAGGAGGUACGAUCAACGAGAAGAAGAGUUGCGCCAUUUGCGGUACUAGCAAAACCCCUCUUUGGCGUGGGGGUCCCACCGGCCCCAAGUCGCUAUGUAACGCAUGCGGGAUCAGGAACAAGAAGAAGAAAAGUACUGUUAGAUCGGAAGUUAAGAAGAAGAAGAAGAAGCAGAGUUCCAAGAUUGGUGACUCGUUGAAGCAGAGAUUGAUGGAGUUGGGGAGAGAAGUUAUGAUGCAGAGGAAGAAGAAGCUAGGCGAGGAAGAGCAAGCUGCUGUGUUACUCAUGGCUCUUUCGUAUGCUUCUUCUGUUUAUGCUUAAACGUAUCUCUCGAUCUCAUCGAUUUGAGUUUAAAUAAUUAAUUAAUUUUUAGUAUGUUUUUCAGAGAGUAUUAGCUAACGAAUUAGUUUGUGAUUUUUGUUUUGUCUUGUUUAAUUAACUUAUUAUCUGAAUUUUUUUGUAUUUGGUUUAUGUGAUAUGUGGUAGAAAACCGAAAGAUCAAGAAUCAAUAUGAUUUUUUCAGUCUUGUUAUAACA